AUGGCUUCGAUUGAUCUUAUCGAACGUCUUGUACAAGUGCUUCGCGAUACUGUACAAAAUGUGGAUCAAAUGAGCGUCAAUGAUAUUCAUUAUUGGACAGGUGUGGUUGUUAACAUAAAGCAUGUGGACAUAUUGAGUUUUUUUAAUGAUGCACUGAAGCUCUUCAAAGUUAAGACACAAGCAUGUUUAGAAGAAUAUAAUGCGGUGAAAAUCAAUUCGGAUUUUAUUUCAGAAUUUACAAUGCAAAAAAAUGGUGAAGAAACGACAGAUAUUAAAUAUUUUACGAGUGAGAGUGCUACAGUAUACAUGUCAACAGAUUUAGAGAAAUGGUUUACAGACAAUAUUAAAGAGCCCAUUCUUUCGCAAUUAGAAGAAUUUCAAGAAAAGGAUUCAGGCUGGACACUGAAAAGUAUUAUAAGUUUAUGUAUAAAUAUGAAAAAAUGUUCUCCAAUUAAGGGAAGUUCUUAUAUUCCUCUUCCAAAGUUUAUUGAAAAUAAAAAAGCUUGUGUUAACGUUCAUAAUAACGACGAUCAGUGUUUUAAGUAUGCUGUUCUUUCAUCAUUAUAUCCAAGUAACAAAAAUGCUAGUAGAGUUAAUCAGUAUCGAUUGCAUGAAAAUGAAUUAAAUUUUGCUGGUAUAGAAUUCCCAGUAAAACUUAAAAGUAUUCCGAAAUUUGAAAAACUGAAUAAUAUUUCAGUAAAUGUAUACAUGCUUAGAAAGUAUGGCCACAAAUUCGAAGUAUCACCUUGUCAUAUUACGACAGAGAAGAAGGAAAAACAUGUAAACCUUCUCAUCAUUCAAGAUUUUUAUAUAGAUGAGCAUGAAGAAAAUAAUCGUGCUGAUGAAGGUGACAUGCCUAAAUAUCAUUACGUUUGGAUAAAAAGUAUGUCUCGACUUUUGAGUUCUCAAGUGUCUAAAACUCAUUUAAAAUCUUACCAUUGUGAAAGAUGUUUACAAAUAUUUUAUACCGAGGAAAGAUUGAAAAUGCAUGAAAGCGAUUGUAAAAAUUUAAAUGAUUGUCGAAUAAAUUUGCCUGAUUGUAAGAAUAAUAUUCUCAAAUUCGAAGAUUACAGUAAGAGUGAAAAGGUUCCUUUUGUUAUUUAUGCAGAUUUUGAAUGUUUAUUGAAGCCUACUGAGAAUGAGAAUGCUUUCCAACUGCACGAAGCAUACAGCAUAGGAUACUUCAUAAAAUGCAGUUUUGAUGAUAGCUUAUCUGGCUAUAGAUCAUACAGAAGAAAAAAUGAAGAAGAAGAGACAGCUGCAGCAUGGUUUGUUAAAGAAUUAAAGUCAAUUGGUGAAAAAAUUGACGUACUCUACAAGAAUCCAAAACCAAUGAGACUCACAGAUUUAGAGGAAAUAUCUUUUCGGAGAUCAUCAACUUGUCAUAUAUGUCGGAAACCAAUCACUGGUGAAGAACUUGCUGUACGAGACCAUUGUCAUCUCACAGGGCGAGGUGCAGCUCAUAAUUCUUGUAACUUGAAUUAUAAGGAUUCGAGAUUCAUUCCUGUGGUUUUUCAUAACCUCAAUUACGACACUCAUUUUAUUUUAAAAGAGAUUGCUACUUCUACGUUGAUGAAAGGACGAGUAAAUUUAAUACCUCACAAUAAGGAGAAAUAUAUUUCUUUUACAAAAUACGUGGAUGACUGCAACAUAAGUUUUAGAUUCAUAGAUUCUUGGCGUUUUCUACCUUCAUCAUUGGAAAAGCUUGCAUCAUAUCUGAAAAAUGUGCCGAUAGCAGUAAAGGAAUUUCGAUCAGAUGGACUUACAGAUGAAAAGAUAGAUCUCCUUCGACGAAAAGGUGUAUUUCCAUAUGAUUUUGUAAAUGGAUUAGAUAAGUUGACGACUACAAAAUUGCCAGAAAAGAAUAAUUUUUAUAAUAAGCUAACAGAUUCUCAUAUUGCUGAAGAAGACUAUAAGCAUGCUGUCCAAGUUUGGAAUAAGUUCAAUAUUAGUACGUUGGGAGAAUAUUCAGAUCUUUAUCUGAAAACCGAUGUUUUACUAUUGGCCGACGUUUUCGAGAGUUUUCGAGAAACAUCUCUUAAAGCCUAUGAUUUAUGUCCUGCUCACUUUUAUACGACUCCUGGACUAACUUUUUCAGCAGCUUUAAAAAUGACAAAGGUAGAAUUGGAGCUUCUUACAGAUAUUGACAUGCUAAUGUUUAUUGAAUCGGGCAUUCGAGGUGGAAUAAGUCAGUGUUGUAAUCGAUAUGCCAAGGCAAACAAUCCAUAUAUGGGCUCUUCAUACGAUAAGGAUCAGAAAACAAAGACUCUCUUAUAUUUUGAUAUUAACAAUCUUUAUGGAUGGGCAAUGGUACAGCCUUUACCAGUUGGAAAAUUCAAAUGGAUUGAAUAUGAGACAAAUCCAAAUUUUUUUAAUACACCACCAGAUUCUGAUAUUGGCUAUUUUGCUGAAGUUGACUUGGAGUAUCCCGAAGAAAUACAUGAUGAUCAUAGGGAUUUACCUUUUUGCGCAGAACAUCUUGCACCACCUGGCUCAAAGCAGAAGAAACUUCUCACGACUUUAAUUGACAAAAAAAGAUAUGUCAUUCAUUAUCGAGCACUUAAGCAGGUUUUAGAUAAUGGACUUCGAUUAAAAAAGGUGCAUAGGAUUUUGAGUUUUGAGCAGAGGGCGUGGCUCAAACCAUAUGUUGAAUUUAACACAGAAAAGCGAAAGCAGGCAAAGAAUGAGUUUGAAAAACUCUUCUACAAAUUGUUAAUUAAUGCAGUCUAUGGAAAGUGUAUUGAACGAGAGCGGAAACGUGUAGAUGUGCGAUUAGUAAAUAAAUUUAAAGGCAGAUACGGAGCAGAAGCACGCAUAGCUCUACCAAAUUUUCACAGUUGUGCAAUCUUCGAUGAAAAUUUGAUUUGUCAAAAACACUAG